AUGAUGAUCCAGAUAAUCUCGCAUGCCCUUAAAGGGUUUUGGAAACGAGAAACCUCAGAAAUCCCCGCUGCAUGCUACGAUGUUUGCAACGAUGCUUUUAUGGAAGGUCAAGCAGAGGGGAAGACGGCUAAACUUUGCGAGUCAGAUUCACCAUUUAUGAAGGCACUGCAAAAUUGCAGUACAUGCGUCGACGGUAGCUCCUUGGAAGGGUUCAAUGGUACACUACAGAAUCAGUUUUCGGAGUUUUCAAUUUGGUUACGCUACUGCAACACCACUCUCACGAAGAGUAGUGAGCAAUCUCGAGUACAAAGCCUCCUCGCCAAAGAAUCGGAUUUGCUUGCCUCUGCGCAGGCCCUGGGUUCCCAGAUCGCUUCUCUUGGAAUUAAUUCCAGUCUAGCAAUCGCAACCGCAACCGCAACCGGAACACAAUCCAGUACUUUCUUAACGACAACAUCAGGAUCGCAGGGCCUGGUUACUGUUUAUGCGACACAGACGGCGAGCGGCUCAGGAAAUAGCGCGGGUAGUAAAAGUCACUCCAAUGCUACUACUAUUGCGCCCGCCGUCGUGGUACCUGUAGUAGCCGUUGCGAUUAUAGCAGUGCUUGGAUUCUUCUUUGUGCGCCGCCGCCGGCUUCGAAAAGUCAAGGACAGCAAUCUCAAUACCCAACCUCCCAUGGAUGAUAAGCCCCAGUUGCAUGCGGAUGAGUUUCGACCAGAGCUUGAGGGAUCGGAUCGCGGUGUCGCGCGAAGUGUGCUUGGACAGAAAGUACCCCGCCGAAUUACCUGCAAAGGAAGAGGUGGCUCGUGA